AUGGUUCCCAAAAGCCGAGCCGUGCGUCAGAUGAAGUUUCGCGGAUUGGGGGACCAAAAACAAAACUGGAAAGCUCCUUUGACCUUCUCAUUCUCUGGCGCUGCUGCGUUGUGGACCCAUCGUGCGGAUCGAGGACCCAUCAUCCAGACUGCAAAAUUUCACCCUACUCCCAGACUUGAUCAACAUCUGUGCUUGUUUAUCCCACCGCCCCAACCCCCAUCAGAUUCUGGCCACAGCAUGCAUGCUCUGUGCGUUGGCCACUGUGUGAAGGGGCGUGUGUGCCGUGGCCCUCGACGACCCCGAGUGGAGAUGGUCCUUGCCCUCCAGGAGCUAUACCGGACUGGACCUCAAAAGUCACAGGCUGAGGGACUCGGAGGGCCAGUCUAG